CCCACCGGUUCUCGCGAUCCGGGCGAACCGGUUUAGUUAAACCCGGCCCCACUUCCUGGAGCGCGCGGACAGUCAGCACGGACAGCACCACCACCACGACAACAACAACCACCACCACCACCACCAAACAAUCACAACAACAAACAGUGGGGGAGUAACCAUGGCGCAAGUCGUCUUCCUCCUCCUCCUCGUCCUCGUCCUCCUCGUCGCGGCCUCCGCGGCCCCGGAGCCCGGCCGAGCCUGGCGCCGCUUCCACGCCGCCAGGCUCGGCCGGAGCGCGGCGGCCUCCCCCACGCCCAGCGCGGCCUCCGCGAACCGCACGCUGCUGCCGACACAGAUGCUGGAGCAGCUGCGGCGCAACACGCACAAGUUUGAAUUUGAGAACAAUCUCAGCAAAUCCGUCACGCUGGCCUGGGUCGGAGACGGCACUGGGGUUGUGUUGGUGUUGACCACCCUUGACUUUUCUGUGUUGAAUGGGCCCGGGGACUUUAGUCUCUACAGGAGCGAGAACUACGGAAAGAACUUCACAGAAAUCACGGGACUGAUUUCAGGCAACAACGUGGAGAGUGAGCUUGGAAUCCUCGUCGACCCGGGCAACGCAAACCGGGUGGUGAUCCUGUCGUCGACCAUGAUGCCAAUGAUUUGGUUUUUCGUGGGCUCCAAGGACGGAGGAAGGAACUUUGUAUCGCACACGCUGCCCUUCCAGCCCCUGGCACAGAUGCAGUUCCACCCGACGCUGCCCGACGUUCUGCUCGCCCACUCCGUGGCAGAUUACUCCCUGUACAUCACCACGGACUUUGGGAUAUCCUGGCGCCUACUCCACCAGUUUGUCUUCAUGUACAAAUGGUCAAGCAAUGGGACGCUGUUUAUCACCACAAACCCGCUCAUGAGCGACGUCUUUCGUCCUCCGCUCGGCAAGUUCCUGAUGAAGAGGUCCACGGACCUGGGCCUGACGUUCACGACUGUCGCCCAGAACGUCUACUCCUUCGGCCUGGGGGGGCCCUUCCUCUACGCCUCCAUCGUGUUCUCGGCGAACAUGACACGCGUGGUCCACGUCUCGUCGGACCAGGGCAACAGCUGGAACAUCGCCCAGGUGCCGCCCGUCAAAGAGGACCAGUUCUACUCGAUCCUGGCUGCGACCCAGGACAUGAUCUUCAUGCACGUGGAUGAGUCUGGAGACUCGGGCCACGGGACACUCUACGCCUCGGACGACCGCGGCCUCGUGUUCUCCGUGUCGCUGCAGCGCCACCUCUACAACAACCAGGGCGUCGUGACGGACUUCACCAAUGUCACCUCGCUCAGGGGCGUGCUGCUCACCAGCCAGAUCAACGAAGACGGAACGGUGCGCUCGCUGAUCUCGUUCGACCGCGGCGGGGAGUGGCGGCCGAUCCAGAAGCCCGCCUCCUCCCGCUGCGCUUCGGGCUCGGAGCAGUGCAGUCUGCAUAUCCUGGGCAACUACGCGAUGAGUCUUGACAGCACGGUGCUGCAGGUGCCGCUCAGCGAGCCCAACGCGGUCGGCAUCGUCAUAGCACACGGCACGGUGGCGGACGCCAUGGCGGUGGAGGACGUGGACGUGUACGUGUCGGACGACGGUGGCUACACCUGGACCCAGGUGCUGGAGGGCCCCCACCACUACGCGGUGCUCGACUCUGGGGGGCUGCUCGUCGCCGUGCCGUCCGGCGCGGUGCUCAUGCAGGACACCAUCAAGUUCUCGACGGACGAGGGCCAGACCUGGUACGAGUACACGUUCACCGCGCAGAAGAUGGUGGUGUCAGGCCUGGCCUCCGAGCCGGGCGCCAAGUCGAUGAACGUGAGCGUCUGGGGCUACCGCAUGUUGAGCUACGCGGAGCACGUCUGGGUCGUCGUCACCAUCGACUUCCAGGAGCUGCUCUCCCGCGACUGCGAGGACAGCGACUACCUGCAGUGGAAGGCCCACGAGCGGGCGCCGGGGGACACGUGGGACGGCUGCGUGCUGGGCCUGCACGAGACCUUCUACCGCCUGCGCAAGGCCUCGCUGUGCCGCAACGGACGCGACUACGAGGUCACCGCCAGCUCCGUCGCCUGCCCCUGCACCUCCGACGACUACAUGUGUGACUACGGCUUCUACCGCCCGGACGGGAAGGACGACUGCGUGGCGGAGGACAAGGCGGACCGCACGCUGCCCCACAUCUGCCUGUCGGGCGAGGUGGAGGAGAUCAAGACUCAGGGAUUCCGCAAGAUCCCGGGGGACCGGUGCGUGGGCGGAGUGGAGCACACGCGCCAGCUCAUCACCAUCAACAAGACGUGCACCUACUCGCUGCUGCGAACGCUGGUCGCCCCCGCAACCGCCCAGAUGAGCACGCACACGGGCAUCGUGCUGGCGAUGACCACGAUCCUCUCGCUGGUGCUGCUGCUCUCCGGCCUGCUGCUCUGGAGGAGGAUGUGCAAGCGCAGCCCGUACGUCUUCAAGUACUCUGAGUUGAAGCAGAACGAGGAGGAGACGGAGCAGGACGAGCACCUGCUCAGCGUAGACGUGGCCGCCAAGAGCCUCUACCGCGACGACUCGGACGAGGAGAUUCUGGAGUAGCGGUGUGUGGGGACGCGUCGGUGCUGCUUGGUGGGCCCAGCCUCUGUCACUCAACGGGUCCCAGAGCUGCAGAUAGGACCGAGAAAUCACUCACACACACAUACACAUACAUACACACACACAUACACAUACACACUCUCACUCACACACACACACAUACACACACACAUACACACACACAUACACAC